GAUGUAUUUUGCCCGUAUUGAAUAUGUUGCUACUAUACUUAACGUCGAUAACCUAAUUUUUAACUUGGAAUAUAUAAUACAUUCGAAUGUUUUAAAUACAAUAAUAAUGACAAUAAUAUUGAGAAAAGGUAUAGUUUAUAUUGAAUAAAAAAGAAAAAACAGAUAGAUCUUUUUGUGUGAUCAUUAUUCAAUCGGAUCGUGUUUAUGCUUGUGCCUACGUGUACGUUGCGUAGAACACUUUGAAAUAAAUGAAACAAGAAUUAAUUUUGUUUUCUCUUUUUCUUUGUUAGAAAAAACCUUGUUUCUUUCACGGCUUUCUACAACUUAUGUUAGAAAUAACUUUUAUGUACUAAAAUAAUGAAGAGUAUGAUGAAAUAAGAUAAGUAAACUUUUUCACCAAAUCGAAUCAUAUUUUUGUAACUAUUCGAAAUAUCGAGAAUAGAAGGAAAUUCAAAUCUAAUUACAAUAAAAAAAUAUCUUCGUAAUAGAUCAAUCGAAGCUAAAUAGAAAUUUGAUUCGACUUUAAACGAAAAUAUGAAUAUACAUUUCAAAUGUUUUCUACAAACAUAGACACAUCAUUCCAGUUAUGAAAAUGAAAAUCUAAUGUCAGACUUAACUCUAGAAUUAAAAUGAAUUUAAAUCGUUUAAAAAAUUUCUAGAAAAUCUUUUAUGCAACGAAUGAAAUAGAAUAAAAAUUUGAAAAAUUUCUGAAAACCGAAUUAUAUUUAUUUACUUGAAUUUGAAUUAUCUUAGAGAAUUUCAUUUGAAUUGAUUGAUUUCAACUAAUCUUGUUUUAAUUCAUAUUUAUUUUCCUUCUAAAUAACCUAAACUCAUUCUAGCUUCAAUCUGAAGCUACAGAUCUUAUUCUAAUUCUACAAAUGAUUAUUUCAUAUAGGUAUAUUGAAAAUUUUUCAAGAUUAACCUACUUAAUUCUUCUGAAAUAAACUCAUCCGUACAAUUUAUUUAGUUCUAAGAAUAUAGAAGAAAAGAAUCGGAAAACAUAACCUAAUCAACAUACGUCAAGGUAGCAGCUCAUUGGAGCCUAUUUAGAGUUAAUUUACACUUUCUCAACUCCUGUUGAAAAACUUGAAAUGUAAGAUUAUAGAGAUAAGUAGACGAUUCAUAUUUUAGUAAUGUAGUUAUGUAAUAGACUAUUUAAAAUUAGAAUACAAUUUUUAUUACAACUAGUGAAUUUUUGCAAACGAUUUAUAAUUGACAACUGAUUUGUUUUUUCUGAACUUUAUGAAAAAAGGAAUAUCUAUAUUGUUUUUGACUAAAAAAAUGUCUGACCGAGAGUUGUCCAAAAGUAUGUGCUUAUAGUAUAAUGAUCUUCGAUACUUUUCUAUAACACUAAAUAAGCUUAAACAUUUAAAUGUUGUUGUACAAAAUAUACUAUAUCUAUUGAAUGUACACCAAGACAUCAUACAAUCUUGAAUUUGUUUUCGAUAACGUUUUAAAUUAGUGCAAUUGCAGAAUGAAAGAAUGUGAACAGGAUUGAUAAACACUUACUUUAUUACUAAUAGAAUCCACAUCCACACCCUCUAUCUCACUAAUCAAUUCCAGUCAUUUCUAUUGUUUCGUUAACAUUGGAUGAAAUUGAGUGCACAUCUUAGAGUAUUAUUGUUUAUCCAUCUUCAUAGUGUUUUAGUUGUCUAAUCCUUUCAUAAACAUUUUGGAAAUGUUCUAACUGACACCUCGUAUCAACUUUUACAAAAUAAACUCUGUCUUAAUGAACAGUUUUGACUUGUAUAUUUUCGUCUUCUUUUGGCACGACAAUAAUAGAAUGAAUUAAUCAAAACACGUCAUAAAAAUGUUCACAAAAAUAGAUAUUAUUCGUUAAAUUUUUUAUGUAUAUUGAGAGAAAUAAAUGAUUUUAUGCUCUAUAGAGUUUUCAAGGAAAUUCUUCAAAGAAAAUAAGAACAAUGUUUCUUGACCUACUAAGAGAUAGAAAUGUUGAAAAUAUAGACAGAACUAUUGUUUACGACAUUCGUUAUGUUAUUCACUGCUAUACAAACUAGAUUUCACUUGGAAUAGAUCAAUCAUUAAAUGAAAAAGUUAAGCGAUAAUGUUACAUAGAUACGAUAAAAAAAUUCUAAAAAAUACUUUAAAUCACCACAAAUAACAUAUUCUAAUUUAAAUAAAUGAUGCGCCAUCUUUUCAAUUUCAUUGAAAUAACAUUGUCAGCUAGAUCUUAUACAAUAUAUCAUACAUAGAAUUCAGAACGGUAUGAAAUAGAUUCAUAUGAGAGAAAAGAUGGACCUCAUUAAUCAAUUAAACAAGUAAUUUAUUCGAAAUUUGUUUAUAGUGUAAUAGAUCGUAUGUAUUUUUGAUAAAUGAAGUUUGUAUGCAUAAGCAGAUGUCUGAAUAAUUUGAAGACACGAAGAUGAUGAUAAACAUAUGAUUGCUUGUAGAUAAAAAAUUAUUCUGUAUAACAAUCAUGAAUUCUUAUGUAAGAUUACAAGUUACCAUAAAUAUAUACAUCAAGUUACAUUCGUUCCUGUUUUUUUAAAGGAUCUAUCUUUGUCUGUAUUACACAGUAUGAAUGUAAACAGAAAUUGAGAAUAUUUCAUCUAACAAGUAUCAUUGAGGAAAAAGAAUUUUGUAUUAAUAUUCCCUCGACUGUAGGGAUAGUCAUAUGAAAAAAAAUGGGUUGGGUGUGUGUGGGUUUGUGGCAUGGUCAAAAGAACAUCGGGAUCAGAAAAACAUCUGAUCAGCGAUAUUUUGUAAAGGUUCACGAAAGUAAAUCGGGGUCAGAGAAUCUGAAUCUGAGGUCAGCUUCUCGAAAUUUUGAAUUGAGUUCUUUUGGUUUAGGAGAAAAGGUUUUUUCGAGAAAAUAAUUUUUUCUCAAGUGUAGGAAGGGUUAUAUGAAAUAAAAUAAAUUUUCGUCUGUUUUUGUGAGAGUGAAAGGUGAAACGACGUAUAAAACGUUGGCUAAAUGUUCGAUUCUCGUGCUUUUAAUGUUGAACUUUCAACCAAUUCGAUUUUUCGGAUUGAAAAUUCAGUCAAUCCGACAUAUGUGAUAAGUUCUCCCUUAAUCAGCUGUUUCAUAGCUGGGUGUCCAUGGAUGAGACUUGUAUACUUCUGUCUGAUACAGUCGAGGAUCAAGUGAAUCGAACCGACGAACGUUACUUGUAGUAGUAGUUUGUUCAGUAGAAUUGUUACAUAUAUAUAUAUAUAUAUGUAGUAGAAAAGAGAAUUUUUUUUUUGAGACUGUAAAGUUAUGUAUUCGAAAGGUAUUCAUAUAUAAAUUAGUAUUACGUAGAUGUCGUCUUGACAUUGACGAUAUAUGUAUAUCUCAUAAACUGUAAGCUUUUUCUAUGUUUCAUUUUGUAGAAAUUGUAAAAGGAUGUAACUGUGUACAUAAGUAUAUAUCGGAAAAGAUAUAUAUGUAUGUAUUACCAAAAGUAUAAGAAGAAAACAAAACGUAUAAAGAAGAUAAAACACUCACAACGCGUAUAUAUUAUGUAUCCACUUCUGUUAUAAAGAAGAGAUAAAAAAGAAAAACAAUGUUGAGAAAACAAAUCGAAACUUGAAAUGAUGUUGAUUUUUGCAAAACUUCAAAUGAACUUUUCACUUUUUUCUCGCUAUGUGCUCUCUCUGGCUCUCUCACUUUGUCUUCUCUUUUAUUUAAUCAUAUAAUUCUCUUGUUUCUCUCAAUUUCAGUGAUUCCAUUACGUGGAAGUUCAAUUGACAUUCAUCCAAAUGCUCGAUGGCAACAGAAUAAUAUCACUGUUGCUGGAGGAAAUGGACAAGGAAAUGGAAUCAAUCAACUCUCAAACCCGUGGGGUUUGUAUGUUGAUGAAGAUCAAACAAUAUAUGUCGCUGAUAAUGAGAAUCACCGUAUUGUGGAAUGGAAAUCGGGUGCGACGAGUGGCCAAGUGGUUGCCGGUGGAAAUGGACAAGGAAGUGGGGCUCAUCAAUUGAAUAACCCACGAGAUGUGAUUGUCGACAAAGAGAGAGAUUGUCUAAUCAUCUCCGAUUGGUCGAAUGGAAGAGUGGUUCGAUGGCCUCGUCGAAAUGGGACAAGUGGAGAAACAAUCAUCUCCAACAUCUUUUGUUGGGGUUUGACAAUAGACGAGAAUGGAUCUCUCUAUGUCGUUGACAAUGGAAAAAAUAAAGGAAGACGAUAUCGAAGAGGAGAAUCUCAAGGAACAGUGGUUGCAGGUGGCAAUGGAAGUGGAAAUCGUCUCGAUCAACUCUAUAACCCACACUACGUAUUCGUCGAUCGAGAUCAUUCAGUCUACGUGUCUGAAUAUGGAAAUCAUCGUGUGAUGAAAUGGGUGGAAGGUGCAAAACAAGGCAUUGUCGUGGCUGGUGAUCAAGGACAAGGAAAUGGUCUUACACAAUUGUCAUAUCCUUAUGGAGUCGUUGUCGAUCAAUUGGGCACUGUCUAUGUGGCUGAUGCAGGGAAUAAUCGAAUCAUGUGUUGGCCCAAUGGAGCCAAACAGGGAAGUGUUAUUGUUGGUGGAAAUAGUGGAGGAGGACAAUCGAACCAACUCAAUUGGCCCACCGGUUUAUCAUUCGAUCGACACGGUAAUCUCUAUGUCGUCGAUUACGGAAAUCAUCGAGUACAAAAAUUUAAUAUCGAGUGA